AUGACGUCAAUUUUCGGGAUAAAAAAAAGUCACCCCAUAAACUCUUUUGUGUUAAAAAUGCUUGGAGUUUCAAACAAUGUCUUUGACCGAACCCCUCAGUUCCGUCGUUUUGUUCAACAGAAAACCGGAUCGGAUUAUGAUUUAAGUCGCUCUAAGUCCGCCCCACCGACCAAAUCAGAGAUGUUAAAUGAUAUAAAAAUUUUUAACAAAACGACAACUUCGCUCUUUGCCAAUAUCAACAAAAUAGCUGCGAAGCUCACGAAGUUGACCGAGCUUGCGAAGUCCAAGUCGCUGUUUGAAGAGCAGCAAAAUGGGAUGCAAAUCCAACGCCUGACGAGUGAAAUCCAUCAAGACUUACAGCGGGUGAAUUUGGACAUGAAAAAUGCGCAAAAGCAAUCUCUUGAUUUACACAGUAAAUAUCCUCCAUCAAAUCAGACGGAAGCGCAUCGCGACGUUGUUUGUAAACACUUGGACUACCUCUUAAAGAACACGACAAAGAGUUUUACCGACGUUUUACAAAUUCGUGCGGAGUCGAUCAAAGCGCAGCAAGAGAAAAAAGAAAAGUACAUCGCACCGGGACAGAAUAGCGGGGUGUACCAACGGAAUAUGACGGGGUUCUCGUUCCACGACGAGCCUUUGGGUACAGACCAAAACGUCGAGGUCGACAUCCCCCAGUCGACUUCACUCACUAUGAGCACUGAACACUUAGAAGAGCGUGUCCAAGGCGUUCAAUCGAUCGAGAGGAUGUUAAAUGACUUGUUAGGGUUAUACAACCAUAUCACCUUCUUGGUCACAACACAAGAGGAAAUGGUCAAACGAAUCGAUGAAAACACAGAACAAGCUGUUUUUAAUGUAGAAGAAGGUCAUUCACAAUUGCAAGACGCUCUUAAAGCUGUGUCGAGUAACAGAGGGCUGAUCGUCAAAAGUCUCCUCGUCGUCUUGUUCUUUGCUAUCGUCUUCCUCGUGUUCUUCUUAUAA